AGCAACUAAUUGUUGCAGGUUGUCUGAAUGAUGGGCAUGUCAUACGAGUGAUUGCGGAGACCGCUGAGACACUGGAGCUGGAACAGGAGAAAUAAGACCGCAAUGCUGCGACCGUUGCCAGGUGUCGGCCGGCACGGCGCAAGCGUCCUGUGCACGCGAAAUUCUGCAUGACAACGGCGUCAGGCCGCAGCCGGCGGGCUGCAGCGCUGUGUCGGUCGGCGAGACAUCGCGAUGGUGCACGGGCGGCGCGUGUUGCUCGCGCUGCUAUUGUGCGGCCUGCUCUGCACGCUGCUUGUGCCGUUUACUUUGGUGCUACGUUCGCCGACGGGCUGCAGCUCUGGUGAUGACGACGACGACGACUAUGAGCGCGCGAGCGCGGGGGACCACCGGUUAGCAGUGAUCAUUCCGUUUCGCGAUCGCUUCGACGAACUGCUCCGGCUAGCGCCUCACUUGCACCGCUUUCUGGUCAAACAGGGGAUUCGGCACAGGCUGGUUGUAGUGAACCAGAUCGACACGCUGCGGUUCAAUCGAGGCUCGCUUAUCAACGCUGGCUUCUUGGAGAGCGAGGCAUACUGCGACUAUGUUGCCAUGCACGACGUUGACCUCCUGCCACUGAACCCCCAGCUGAGCUAUGCAUUCCCUCCCAAUGGCGGUCCGCACCACCUCGCUGCACCAGGCCUGCAUCCGCGGUACCACUACCCAACUUUUGUUGGAGGUAUCCUUCUGUUGAGCACAGCCCGCUUCCGCCAGUUGAACGGCAUCUCGAACCGCUACUGGGGUUGGGGCCUUGAGGAUGAUGAAUUCUAUGCACGUAUCCGUGAGGCUGGCUUCAACGUUACGCGACCUGUUGGCAUUACAACAGGAAAAAAGGACACAUUUCGGCACCUGCACGACCGCCGGCGCCGGCCGAGGGACACGGCGCGGACGGCACAGCAGAGGCGUGAGAAUCGUCGUAGGGACCGCCGAACUGGGCUGGGUGACAUAAGGUAUCAGGUCAAGGCAAGACACAAGCUGAAAAUUGAUGGGGCACCCGUGGAUGUGCUUGAUGUUAGACUGUUAUGCAAUCGUACUGACACGCCGUGGUGUGAACUACCCGUAACUUGAGUUACAUGGCCGCUUUGUUUGAUGUCCACUGGACCCUUGUAUGCUUGCAUCAAACAGUGCUGUAGUUGCCUCCCCCCCCCUUUUUGUUUUUUUGGUAGGUGUUUAUGUCGUCAUCCGUCACAUGUGGGAGAAGUGGAGUAUCCGUGUUAAUUGCUGCAAUCUGGCAGGCCAGCUUUCCCACUUGUUACUUUGUGCUCACAUUGUCGCGGCACUGUGUAUAACAAAAUGCCAACUAGCUCCCAUGUGUAGAUAAUUUUGCAAUUCUUCAGGGUGUUGUAUUUUUGUUAACAGGUUGCAUGUUUAAGUGCCAUAACUGCCUGUUUAAGGGCAACCUUCAGUGUCAUAAAUGUAAUUAUGACGAAGGAAAGCUGAAACUUUGGAUACUGUCAGACAUAUGAUGGUAUUCAGAGCUUUGCCAUUAUACACAUUAGUCUUUGACUAACAGUUGCACUCUAACUUCGGAACAUGCUUUUGCAGGCCACAUACCGUUGAACAUUGUGAACAGGUUCUGUGAAAUCAAUUGUUUUAAAGUGCUUUAGUUGUUGCAUGUGGGAUUAUAACCAGCUCUGUUAAUUUUGAAAGUGAGCUGGUUUGAAAGCACAACAUGGAAUAACACCGACAGACACCUUUGUGUCUGUCUAUUACUUGUGUUAUGCUUUCGAGUCAGUGUGAACUUAGAAUGAACAUGAACCAGCUAGCCCCAUUAAUUGUUCAGCUCUGUUAACUUGUGGCACCUGUGACCAUAAUUGCCUAGUUAAUCACUGUAGUAUAUGUUAAGUGCUUGUAAUUUUUUUAAUGAAUAUUUCUAUUUUAUUUGAUUAGAUUCAUUCUGGCUUUUUUUUUUUUUACUUUGCCUGCUUUUGAGCUUGCAAUGUUUUAACAGCUGUAAAAAAAAAAAAAAAUUUCCUUUGCGAUGUGAGAAAGUGCACUCUACACAUGCACCAUGCUUGUUUCCCAUGGCAACAUGACUCUGACUUACUGCUUAGGAUUCAAACAGCAAAUUGGAAUUGCUAACAAAUUACCUUGUUGUCAAGAGCAGAAAGCAGUCUCAUUAGGUGCAGAAGUCGAUGACAGAUACAGAUCUUGAGUUGGUUGAUAUUUGAUAUGUACAUGGGGGGUAAAGGUCACGUUGGAAGAUUCCAUUGUUAAAUUCUUCGCUCAAGCUGCUAUCAAAUCUAUGAGAGCACCCAUUAGCACGAACAUUACGAAUCUGUAGUGGUUUUGCCAUCUGUUAGUUGCGUACUCGUGUGUUUCAGUUACAGACCUUGCAGUCGAGGGUAAAAUUAUUGUACACAGUGUAUGCUACCAGUAGGCAUAGAAUUCUUUUACUUUUAGCACGGAACAGUAAGGUGACAGACGCUGCUCAUCGUCACGAUAAAAUCUGAGUUGGCUGGUAUGCAUUUCUCAUAAACCAAGAGUGUGUUAAGAGAAACAAACUCGUACGUCUAGCUUGUUUGCUGUUGAACCUGCUUAUGCCAAAUUUGUAAGGAAUUAAUCGACACGUUUUGCUUUUUCAUUAGGUCAGUUUAUGCAAAAUACUCACAAAAAAGGACUGUAGAAAUACAUAUGAGAAAGCUUUUUAUAUAAAUUGUUAUCCACAUUCUAGUGCAGGUGGCCCAGUAAGUGCAAACACUUUUGCAUCUUCAACCUUUGUUGUAUCAAGAUGUCAACAGGCACUGCAUCCUUACUUGCAUUUAAUGCACAGCAUGUUGUAAUGUAAUGCACAGCACAGUGCACAGCAUGUUUUUUGCUUUGCUGAACGGGAAACAUUUUCCUCUGUUUUUGUUCAAGGGGGGGGGGGGGGAAGAAAACUAGUCGCAUUUCCCUUUUGACAUUUUCAAGGCCACGAGUGACAUGCAUGGUUUAUGGUUUGCUGAAAAGCUGGUCUACAUUAGCGUUGACUGUGUCGAACGGUCAUCGAUGAAUUGUGCAGGCGUCUGUGCAGUCUCGCUGCACAUGUAUAUGUGUGCGUCUGUGGUUGUGUGCAAUAUUUGAAUAUGAAAUGAGUGUGUGUGCCAAUCUAUGCUUGCUUACGGAAGUAGUUGUACACUCUGGACUUCUGAUUCUUUGUCAUAUUCUGCAACUACACUGAUGUACGUUCCCUCACCUUUUAAAAUGACAGGCUAGCUGUGCACGUUGACGAAUGCCAUCCUCUCUUGCAGUGGCAUGUUUGUGUUUCACAAGUUCUUGCAUUUCUAGUAUGCAAAGCAUGCAUUGUGUUCAUGUAGGAGAGGUCCAGCACAGAUAUGUGCAUCUCUCGUUCUUGUAAUGCAUGAGAGAAAUGCACGUGCCUCAAUGAUGCAACUUUUUGAGUAUUAAUUUCUGCAAUACAGUCCAUUUUUCUCAGUUCCUGUGACAUCCAUUUCUUUUUGUGUUACAGGAACAGUCACUCACUUUUGCUAAGCACUGUCCACAGCUGUCCAUAUUUUGCAGACUGUGCUCACUUUGGUGCCUUCAGCAAGUUCGCUGGUUCAUUUGGUAUUAUUUCUUUGCAGUACCAUUGCUACAAUGAAAACAACAGAAGUGUGUUUCAGUUAUCCAUAUACGUUAGUACUGAAGCACUUCAAAAACUGCGGGUGAGCUUAUGGAGUACCGACAUGAAAUUCUCGACCUGUCAUAUUACAGCGAAGCUUUCUAUGGCUAGGCUAUGGCGUCUGCGCAGACAAUUAUCAUCAUCAGCAAUGGCUCGAGCGUCGUCUUCUUCCACAGCUAGCUCCAUACCGCUCAUCAUUCCAGUGUAGAAUUUCAUCGCUCUUCUGUCGUCGUAAUGGGGAGGCCAUGUUUACAGGUGUAUGAGCCAUUCAUUGUCUUACAUGACGGACAGAUUUAAUAACAGAGGUGAUUUGCAAAUGUGUGUGCGUACCGUACCUAUCGUCACAAUGACCACCGAUCAGGAUAAUAAAUGUGUUCGUACCCUUGUUCAAAAUUCUGUGUCACCUCUGUGUCGUGCUAUAAACAGUGUCACUGGUCAUCCACCUUCACAGAGUGGAAUGGCUCAUGAAUUUUUAAAUUUCUUUUAUGAGCAACAUCAUCAAACCAAUGUAGGGUUGCUAACUGUCCAGAAGUUGGCGCAACAACCCCGGCUUUUGAGUAAAAGCCCCAAGUCCCGACCUGACCCCGUUGGGACGGCCAAAUGCCCAGACUUUUUUUUUUUUUUUUCUACUGACUAAAUUUUACUGAAUAAACCAAAUUUCAUUUUUAAUGCCCGCCAGCUCAGUUGCAUGCUCUUGUCUGUUACAUUGUCAUAAACAUAAAGGCGGUUUUGUUUUUGUUGUGCUUCUAGUUCUGUUGUAGGCCCUAACCAUUCACAGUACCUCUAUCUGUAUUGGUAGCUGUGUUAACCCGGCAACUAUACUGCAUCUUUGUUGAUGUAAAUUGUGACAAUAGAAAAAAAAACAAAAUUAUGCAACUUUGUUGCACAUACAACCUGGUGGCUUUUGGCACUGUCUGGUACCCCUCCCCCGUCUUGACUUCAUCCACUCAAGAGUUGGCAAUCCUACACUGCAAAUUUUACUCGGUGUCAUGAUGUGCUGGUAAUGUUGACGAGGACUUCAUACUUGUUAAGCAUCAUCCUGUUUCAUGCUAGAAGCAUGUGGUAAUAUUUUUACAACUCCAAAAAUAAGUGUCGGCUCUCCUUUAAGAAUGGUUUGAUGUGCUUUAUAAUCCGAUGAUCUCUCUCAUAUCUCACUGUACUGUUACAACUCAUCUCUAGAGCUGUGUUGCUGCUUCACCAUGCUGCUGGUACUGCAAUGUUUAGUGUAACUCGCAUUAAAGUUUUUAGCAGGCAUUGCACCAAUUGCCUCUCCCACAGAAGCAUGCAUUAGCCUUGCACUUGAUUUUUUUUUAUUUAGCACGACAGUAAUCAUUGUGAUUCUUGUGGGAAUUUUUCCUUUCUGCAGCCUUGUGCACACGGUGCUUUUCUAUCAUUGACAAUUAUGUGCAUAUAGCACUACAGAAAAAAAAAAAAAAUCCCGACAAUAUGGAGGUUCACAAGUAAAUGGAGACUAAGUAAUUAUUCAAACAAGAGAUGACCAUAAUCAAUUGUAGCUUAAAAAGACAGCACACAAGCAAAAGAAUGGAGACACACAUGUGCACUACAAAUUGGAUGAAUUGGUGAAGGCAGUAAUAUAAUAUUUAAUAGUUCAUAUUUAACUGUAGCACAAACAGAAGAAUGGUAACAAAGUGCUCUUGUUUGCCUCUGUUCUGCUUGUUCAUUGUCUGAUGGUGCUAGUUAAGUAUAGUUAGCUUCUGCCUGCUUUCCCGAUUUUCGAGUUUAGCAAACAGGGGAUGUGUCUGGCUGGAGCCAAAUGUUUGGAGAAGGGCACUUCACUUGGACGCUGACGAAAAUAAUUUCACUUUAUCAAAAAAGCUUUGGCUUCGUCCAGCAUAAGACAUUCUUUCUCCGUCCACUAUUGAUUAAAAAAGGAAUGCGUGGCUACACCUUGAAGAAAAGUGUACUGGAAAAUGAGUUGUCAUGACGUAGACGUGCUAUUGUGAAAAGAUAAUAUGCAAAAUCUUUCAGCAUUGCGUUAAAGAGGACAUAGUGGUGUUGCUGGGAACCUCGAUAUGCAGUAGUCUGUUCUAUGUAGGGGAAAACAAAUUUCAACCUUGUAUGGAAUUUAUCAAUUCCUGCAAUUCUUGUGUGUGUGUUUGUGUUCCAUGUUAGUACGCCUCAGAAGGUGCAAAGUUAACUAGAUGUGAGACAAACAUAAUUAAGAGGUGGUACUUGGAUCUCUGUUUUGGCCAUUUGAAGUACAGCGCUAGUUACAUAUGUACAAAGAUAAUUGGGUGUAUUAGUAGUAAUUGCACUAUACAUGUGCAGGAAGUGAUGCAUGGCUGUGUGAGAUGUGUUUCUUGUAACUCGAUCUCGUGCAGUGCAUGGUUGGGUGGCUGUAGUUUCUCGGUAGGAAACUUUGUGCUUAAGGAGGUGUUUAACUAAUGCUAUUAACAAAACACACAUGUAGUUGCAAAGCAACAAAACAGUGAAACAGUUUUGUCCUUGUUCUCUGUGCUGCUUUAUAACUUUUUUAUAUAUUGCAGCUUUUUAAUCAUGGUGUUGCAGUUAUGUAUUGUGUGCAAGCCAUAUUACGCUACGAGCAAUGUAUGCAGCCUCGCUAAUUCUGUGCAGUACUGAAGGAUUUGGUUUUCAGUGUGACAGGUUAUGAGAAAUGGGAGCCACCCAGCCGUGGAAUACUUCGUUUUUAUUACUCGUCAAAUCAUGGACGCUUUUCAGCUGGCGCAGUUCACCACACCACUGCACAAUGUGUGCGAGCAUUUUGUCCAAAAAGAAAACCACAGCCAAACUGCACUAUAUAGUCACCAGUGUUUUUCUCUUAAAAACUUAAAGAAGGGAAGAACACAAGUCACUACAUGACACAAAGGUAGACAGAAACAGACUACACAGGCACUGUGUUGUCUGUUCCUCUUGGCAUCAUCUGCUCAUCUCUACUCUUCAGCCCUGUCUAAUAUGCCGUUUGGUUUUCCGUCAAGCACCAACUAGUCAGUGCCCUCAUUCAGCGAACAGUUGUUGCGCUCCCCGGUUGCUUUAGGUCACCUCUGCUUCAUUCAUGUGUUCUUUGCUUCAGAGAUGUUUGGCUGUGGGAGUUUUGAAAUCUGUGCACAGUGGUAUAGGCCGAUUAAAUUCACCACUGUAUAGAAAUAGGCAGAACUAUGGCGUGAGAAAUUGCAAGUGGUUCAUGCUCUUGCAGCACCCUCAUGACUGCACAGAAUUGGUGGGACCAAACUUUGUCAUAGCACAAUGAUGUUUUCUAGGCUUUUUUACAUCGAAUGUGUGGCACUUGGUAGGAUUUAUGUGAGAUAAUUUGCCUCUUUUGUACGUGUCUGUGACAAAUGUGGUGCGAGUACAGUCUCGGUAGCACUAUAUUAUUAAGCUGAUUGUAUAGGGUCACGCUGUUAAGUCACUGAAAGCGCAGAAUUUAUUUUCUGCACUCCUGAUGUAAUUGCAGUGCCAUGUUAUUGUUUUCCCAAGCAUUUGCAAGGUGGUCUAGUGACAAGACUGUAUAAAUGUGCCAUAAAAUAUACGUAUCAGUUGG